AGAGCGGUGACCGGUUCCGUGGCCGUGGCCGUCAGAGAGGCCAGCAGUCCGUCGCUGGAGGCAGAAGCAGAAGCAGGUCACCACGGACGCCGACAUGGACGCCGCCAGCAGCAGCCGCCGACAGCCGCGGGCCGCCGCAUUCCUGCUGCUCACCGCCUGCUUCUUUGGCUCCUCUUGGGCGGCGCAGCGCCAAUACAGAAUUCCUUACUUUCUUGAACAAUGCAGCAAGAGCGACCCAGAAGUGAACAAGUGUCUCACCAGGUCUGCCAACUUUCUUGCUGCCAACUUUCGAAAAGGUAUUCCUGAGCUGGGAAUCACGGAGGUGGAACCGAUCGAGAUCGACGAGAUAUCGAUAGCUCUGGGAAGCGGGCCCGACGGCUACCGUGCCAGCUUCCGGGACAUCGAGGCCUACGGGGUCAGCAACCUAACCGUCAUCGGCGUGAGGUCCGACGUGGACUCGCUGCAGUUCCAGCUGAGCUUCGUGGUGCCGCGCAUCUCGGCGCGGGCGCGCUACCGCAGCUCCGGCGUGCUCAUCAUGGUGCAGGCCUCGGGCGGCGGCGACUACUGGGGAGAGUACGAGGGUGUGAAGGCAAAGGUAUACUUCCGCGCGCGGCCCCAGGAGGUGCAGGGCCACGAGUACCUCACAGUGGAGGACCUCAAGAUGGACUUUGCUGUGCGCAGCAUUUCCAUGGGCGUUGAGAAUCUGCACAACGGAAACACCGUGCUGCAGGCGGCACUGAACCUGUUCAUCAACUCUAACGCUCAAGAGCUUCUGACGGAGAUGAAGCCCGACCUGAAGCGCAAGCUGGUGCUCAUCAUGCGCGCCUUCCUGGAGAAGCUCUUCUCCAGGAUCCCGUACGGAAUGUGGCUCACCGACUAGCCGGCACCGCCUCAGCGGCGUCUGCGCUGCACAGACUGGAGGCUGCCCCUCGUCUCAUCACACCUCUUCACUUUCACCAUCAACUUAAUUUAUUGCAUUACACAGUUUUUUCAGAGCUCUGCUCAGUUAGCAAAGUACUGAGAAUUGUUACAGUAUGUCGGACAUUCAUUGUGGCAACAAUAGCGAAAGCUUUUUAACCGAAAUACAUUAACAAAAUUUGAUAGACGUAUGGUGUUACGUAGCAGUACCGUAUUCAACUGUGACACCAGCUGACGCACGUAAUAGCCUGUGCUUGUACUGAUAUGCAUUAUGGGAUAGCUUUAGCAGCUGUAAGCCUGCUGAACUUAUUACAUUAUGUGAGGAGAACAAGAGAUCUUGUUUCCAAUAACAGCUUCUCUUGUCAUAUUUGUCUCUCUUAGCCAACCUGUUAAUGAGAACUUCACAAUACUUAAUUUUUGCAGAAGAUCCUGCCAUGAGAUGAUAAAUCUAAAGUUAAGAGACAUAUGAUAUUUGUACCAAAUGCUUUUGUAUACAGUUCCGAGUCUCCCAAAGACAAGGGAAAAUACAUCGCUAUAAAUAUUUUGCAAAUGUAAUUAAUAUUUAUACACUCUGUAUGAUAAUAUUUAAUAAAAUAAUAUUAUUGCCUUUUUGUA